AUGUCACCUCAAGGAUCAGCCCCUUUCUCCAGUAUUUUAUAUCUGACCAAGAGAAAGAGACUCUCCGAACACCUCUAUGAACAAAGAGAUGAAACUAACCAUUCAAAACAUCAAUAUUAUUACGAAAAUGUCUUCUAUCCCUCACAACGACCAGAAAAAUAUGGCAACGCAGGAAUACAUAAGAAUCUAAUUUACUUAUCAGAAGAUAGAUUAAAAUAUGAAACUUCCGAUGGAGUGGCACUGGAUGUUGAUGAUGGACUAAAUAGAGGUUUAAAUUAUUUAUCGCAACACUCACAUCUCAUGAACCUCAGCGAUAUUGAGGAAUUUCUGAGACUUCAACGCUACAAAACUCAAGUACACGAAAAUUUUCACGGUAAAGUCGAGGAUAUCGCAAAUCUUCUAGAUCUAAAUGGCAUGAAAAACAAGGAAGUUCUCUAUUCGGAUCCUUUUGAACGCGAUUUGGAACUUUCGGAUAAAUACGUAGGUCCACUGAACGCAACUGAAGUAGCUCAUCUGAUAGCCCUGGCCCUUAAGUUGCAGGAAAACGAAAGAUUGGACUCAGAUUUAGGAAAAAAAUUAGAAAUUUCGGCCAGUUCUUGGAAGAAUUUCAAGGUACCUAAUACGGUACCAGACGACCUCAUCAUGUCACUUUUUAUGAAUAAACCAUAUCAAUGUGAAAAAUGUGGUUUGAGAUUUAACCUGAGCGAUACAAAAAGUAGACACGAACUAACGCACAAACAGAAGGCUGAUAGAUUUUGGUACCCUCUGGACGGCUGGGUUCAAAUGACCAGCAAGGGAGCAGCCUCUUCCACAAACACAAGAUCUAUGGUUACUCUGGAAACCUUCAAGAAUUUGUUUAGAACCAUACCUUUGGAAGAUGAAAAUGUUAAUUGGCUCAAGGGUCUUUUGUUUCCAAACGAGCAGCCGUCAAAGGAUGUUGUUAUGACUGAUGAGCUUCCUCAGACAAACGUUGAGUUGGAGGAGGAAGAGGCUAGUUAUGCUAAUGAAAAUUUGGGUGAUGAAACUGUUAUUUGGUCCUGGGGAAUAAUGGACGACUUGGACGAGCCACUAUCUCUAAGUUCUACAGACCAGCAAACUGAGGAUGAGGAUUUUGAUUUAUCGCUAUUCAAUCUAAUGUUGAAGAAUAUUUCAUUUAAUCUUUUAAUGCUAAAUUCUAAAAACCCUGUUUUCGGCACCUUUGGUGAUUUGUCUAAGUUUUUUUGUGCUCUGUGUAAAGACAACUUGAACUGUCAAUUUGAUGUAAAAUAUAAUAAGUUCGUAUACCUUGAUACUACUUCUUUUCAGUUGGAUCCUAAUGUUGUUUCUAGUGUGUUUAAGGACCAUGUUCUCCUCUCAUUCAUUUUAUCUCUUGGUAAUCUUGAUAAAUUAUCGGUGUUUGAUUUGAUGAAGAAGAUGGCCUCAAUAAAGGUAAUUUCUCCAGAUACUAAAUCUAAACUCGACCUGGCAAUCACUGACUGGAGUUUCAAGUACACCAAGGAACUUCUCGACAUAAAUAGUUCUAUACCUAAGAUGGAUGAUGGUUGGAAGAACCCAUUUAAAGAGAGUGAUGGGUCACAUACAAGGUCUCUGCUCAUUUCACACACAAGCUGCCUAAAGCUUUUCUUUAAUUCUCACAUUAGGCUUCUGAAGAUAAAGUCGAGUUAUCUUAAAAACGAAGAGAUUAGGAAGAAGAUUAAGCUCCUGAAUUUGUACAUAUCGUUUAGUGGGUUUGUAGCUCCGUUAGAAGAUUUUGUUGAGUUGAACCUAAGUAGCGAGCUCGAUUUUAAAGCGCUUGACCGAAAUCUACUAAUUUUAUAA